UUUUUUUUGGCAAUUCAACUUAAUAUUCUUCGCCCUAAGAAGAACAUGCCAAUAAUACCCAUUUCCCAAGAAAUGUAAAUAAAGUGCUCACAUUUCUACAAGUAUAAGCUCAUAAUACUCAAUACUGUGUAACUAACUAUAUGUGUAGUUCUUGAACUACACACACACACACAUUCUGUCCAAAAUGCACGACCCCACGCGCCUGAAAUCUCAACCACACCACCACACGCGCCGCCGUGAACCGCCGCCACAUCAUCACCACCGCCGUGCUUGGUGUUGUUCUUUCACUGUACCACCACACAGCCCAGAAAACCCGGUUCAAAACCCAACCGGUUUGCCCAAAAAAACCCAAUCUUUCUUAAAACCCGAAAUACCCCCAAAAUCUUCAUCAAAUUCCAUAUCUUCUUCUUUCCCCUAUUCACCUCAAAACAGACCCGGAAUUGUGACCCGAAUCGACCCGCGUCGGAUCCUCUCACCGGGUCGGGUCUCUCCGAUCGACGAACCGACCCGACCCGUUAAUGAGAUACCGAAGAAUCAGGUGGCAAUUUGUGAGGAGGAGGAGCAGGAGGAGCAAGUUAGUAGUGUUAGGGAUGAUUGUAGUUUAGGGAUCUUUGAUGUGAGGUUAAAUUUGAAGGGUAAAAAUGGUAAUGGAUUAGUGUUGGAGCUUAGUUCUGAGGUACUUAGUACUAAUAGUUGUGUUUUUGCUGAUUUGAUUGGCCAUUAUCGGAGAAAUUCGAGGGGUUUGUGUAGGAUAGAGGUGCCUGAUGUGGAGAAUUUGGGUGUUUUUCGCGAUACGAUUGAGCUUAUGUUUGAGGAUGAUAUUGCUAGGAAACUUUUAAGGGUCGGUGCUUAUCGCGCUAUCGAUGUGCUUGAGGUAUCAGCUGGAAUCAAAUUCAACCGGAGUGUUUUAUCGUGUUUGAAGUACCUUGAAGCUGUUCCUUGGACUGAGGAAGAGGAAGAGAAAUUGAGAAGCUUGUUUAAUAAAAUGAAGUUUGAUCAUGAAACAGCUAGAGACAUUUCAGCCAGACUUUACGCUCUAGAUAUGACAGAUUCCCAGCAGACUUUGUCUAAGCAGCUUGUUUGGUCUGUUACCACCUGUGUUGAUGCCAAUUCCAGAAACGAGCUAAAAUCCUUAGUCAAAGGUCUCCUGUGCAAAAGCUCAGUGUAUGAAAAGGAUUGCCCUGAUUUGAACAAGGUGGAUAUAUUUGCUAUAUGCCAGUCUUGUAUAAACUCACUUGUUAGUUUGCUUGAGGAGGCAACUUCAACGAGUCCAUCUGUAAGAUCAGUAAAGAAAGAAGACCGACCCUUGAUUGAGCGCAUAUCUAAGCAGGUUGACAACAUCAUAUGGCUGCUUGAUAUUUUGCUUGAUCACCAGAUGGCAGAGGACUUGGUGGAUAUAUGGACCAGACAAAGUCAGUUGCUUGGAAUGCAUAAAUGUGCAUCUCCAUUGGUCAGAUACGAGCUUAGUCGGGUGACAGCUAUGUUAUUCAUAGCAAUGGGCACCGGGAAAAUGCAUUGUCGCUCUGAAGCAAGGUCGGGCCUACUUCAGACAUGGUUUAGACCGAUGCUUUUGGACUUCGGGUGGUUACAGAGAUGCAGAAAGGGUUUAGACAUGAAGGCAUUGGAGGAAGCGAUGGGUCAAGCGCUCCUUACUCUUCCUUUGAAGGAACAAUAUGUUCUGUUUAUGGAUUGGUUCAAGUGUUUCUCUAAGCAUGGUACUGAAUGUCCUAACCUCAGCAAAUCAUUCCAGAUAUGGUGGCGACGAUCGUUCUUGCGAGGCUCUGAAACUCAUGCAUCUGAAUCUAGGUAGUCUGGUGUUUUCUAGUCCUUUUUUUCUAGUGUUCUGUACUUGGGCAAUCUGUGACACUUGGGAAGUGAAUAAUGUAGAUUAACAUUGUACUAAUUGUUCUGAGAGAAAUGAAAUGCCAAUUCAGUAUAUAUGGCGCUUUUACCAUAA